CGUCCGUGCUUUUCCUCUUCCUCUCCUGACCUAGCUCAAGCUCCGAUCUACCCAAGCUCCGACCCGACCCGACGCAGCUAUAGAAAAUAUCUCCAGUCUAUCACCGCCGUGAGGCUGCUGAGGGCCACCGCCGACGCCUCAGACCUGCAACCCCUCUUUCCCUGCCCGCCCCCAACCCCGCCACCUCUCGCGCCCCCCGUGAUGUCCCGGUGGGCGCCGGAGAUCAAGGUCUAUAGCCGCAGGAACCCCCGCAAAAACCCUAAACCCCCUCCUGAAGACCCUACCCCCGACCCCAAUCCCCCUCCAGAACCUAGCCCCGACCCCAAUCCCCAUCCAGAACCUUGCCCCAUUCCUAAUUCCGACCCCCUUGAGCAAACCCUAGCCUCGUUCCGUCGCUCGAUUCGUCGCCCGGAGGCUGAGGAUGCGGUGCUGCCGCUCUCCGAUCCGGCCGCACCGACUUCUCCUCCUCCUCUUUCUCCCACAUCGUCGCCGCACGGGGCACCGGCUGCCGCCUCCGGCGAUUUCUCCUCCGGCCUUGCCCGGGAUGGCGCCGCCGUUCCAAACGGUCAUGCCGACAUCGACAUCCGGGCGGCCGCGGAUGACAAGGCUCGGAAGCGCAGGGUCCGGAGCGAGCUGCGUCGGCAGCUUGCGUCAGAGCUCGACCAGGUACGCGUGCUCUCCAAGCGCCUCAAGGCGGCUGGCGAGGCCUUGGCAGUUGAGGCAUCCCAGUCCGUACCUCGGCCACCGCCUCUGCUCACUGCUGGGUAUGUGCAACCCCAAUUCUCAGGCAGUGAUGCUGUGACGCCCGUACAGGCCCCAGUUGCUGCUUCUGUUCCUCCUGUCCGCUCGUUCCUACCACGCCGCCCGCUAAUUGUGCCAGAAGUUCACACAGAAUCACUUGACAAGGAAAAGCGAACACCAAAGGCCAAUCAGCUUUACCAAAAUUCAGAGUUCUUGCUUGCCAAAGAUAGGAUACCGCCAUCAGAUUCACAUGGCCGGAAGAAAACCAAGCACCACAAGAAGAAACACCGUUCCUCGUCAGCUCAUGGUGCAGGUUACAACGCUGAGCAGCGACUCUACUCGCAUGCAUUUAAGAAGUCUUCAUCCCUGCUGUCCCGACUAAUGAAGCACAAAUUUGGGUGGGUGUUUAACAAGCCUGUUGAUCCUGUUGCACUUGGGUUGCAUGACUAUUUUGCCAUUAUUAAGCACCCGAUGGAUCUUGGCACUAUAAAGGGGCAGCUUACUCGUGGGCAUUACAGGGACCCAAAGGAGUUUGCUAAUGAUGUACGGCUAACAUUCCAUAAUGCCAUGACGUAUAAUCCCAAAGGGCAGGAUGUGCAUUUCAUGGCUGAGCAAUUGUUAGGAAUUUUUGAAGCUCAGUGGCCUGAGAUUGAGGCUGAGGUUGACUACCUUGCGUCAUGCCCACCUUUGCCGAAGAAGUUUCCACCUCCCCCGAUAGACUUGCGCUUACUAGAGAGGUCAGAUUCCUUAAAGCACCAUAUGGUGCUGGACUCCAAGUCAAGGCCGAUAAGUCAUACUCCUAUUAGUGUCCGCACUCCAUCAUUGAAGAAGCCGAAGGCAAAGGAUCUGGAUAAAAGAGAUAUGACGAUAGAUGAGAAGCGUAAACUUAGCAAUAACCUUCAGAACUUGCCUCCUGAAAAGCUUGAUAUUGUUGUGCAGAUCAUUAAGAACAAGAAUCUUUCAGUUAGGCAGCAUGAAGAUGAGAUUGAGGUUGAGAUAGAUAGCAUGGAUGCGGAGACACUUUGGGAACUUGAUAGAUUUGUUGCUAACUUCAAGAAGAACCUGAGCAAGCAAAAGAGGAAGGCUGAGCGUGCAAUGCUUGCAAGGCAAGAUGUAGAGUUGCGUGCUCUGCAUGCUGCACAACAAACAAGUCAACAACCUAAUAUUGGUGAAAAAUCUCCAAAGCUAAAUUUGAUGGUGGGCGAGCAAUUAGCACCUUCUGUGCCAGACCAAAAUAAUAAUAAUGGACCGAGUGCCAGUAGAUCUAGCAGCUCAAGCAGCACCAGCAGUGAUUCAGAUUCCUCUUCUAGUGACUCGGACAGUGACAGCUCUUCUACAGAUGGAUCAAAUGCUGCCAAUUCAUCUUGAGACAUAGGUUCAGGACUCCGUCUAAUAGACAAUAACUGUCUAAUUGUAUUUGGCAUGAGAAUGCCUUAGUGAUUGUACAUGUUUGUCUCUGUCUCUUAGGUAUCUCUUAAGUAGCUGCUGGGAUGUUAGAUGAAGGCAGUAUUCUACAAAGGUUUGUUUGUUCCCCAGCUGAAGGAAAGAUAACCUGGCUCUGGAAUUAUGUAGCCUGUACAUUAGACGCACAUUGAGCAUUAUGUCUAGGAAGGUGAUUGUUGUGUCUGCAUUAACAAGCCAUAUUGUCCCGUUUAUUCAACGGUUUUGGCAGUGUUUCAAUAUACCAGGUGAUGUUCUUACUGUUACGGUUUAGCAUCAGCUGUUCUUGGAUUGUAAAUUUUCAAGUAAUUCUUGACUGGGACGUUUUAAA